GCAAACGAGAGAAGAGGAGGCUAAGGAACAGAGGGAGGCCAAACGACAGAGACGAGAAGCAAUCUAUAGACAUAGAAGACAAACGUCGAUACGUACACACGCGCAUAUAUACGCAUUUCGUCGCAAACCCCAGAUGAAACAUCUGUCAAUGUGAUUUUUGAUAGGAACAAGGUUUUCUCAGAAAAUAUGAUUCAGCUGAAUCAAGAAUCUGGCUCACCUCCUCCUGUGAAGCGAAAACGGGGCCGCCCUCGCAAAGAUGAAGCCCUAACCAGACAAGAGAGCACACCCAUCACUCCUAAACCUAACACUGUGAGUCCGGACGACAUCACGGGUCGGUUGGUUUCCGGGGUAGUUGAAGGUUCUUUCGAUGCAGGGUAUUUCCUCAACGUCAAGGUUUCUGACUCUGAUAAGCAACUGAGAGGCAUUGUCUUUAUACCGGAGAAAGUCACUCCAAUUACUGCAGCGAAUGAUGUAGCUCCUCAUGUGAAGAUGUGUGAAAGAGAAGAGAUCCUUGUCCCUGCUUCAAACCUGCAAGCAUGGCCUCAGAAUCAACAAAACCCUCAGAAGCAAACUGACGUCAUUCCCGAGCUUCAGACAGAUGUUUUGAUCACCGAUACGAAUCAAUCUGCCCCUUUUACGAAAUCUUUCCCUGCAAUGCAAGAUGCAGCAAUCGGUUCAGAGCUUCAGUUUUCUGCAACAGCUGCUAAGAACAGUUCUGCAUGUGAUAUGAAGGUAAACGACAUUGAUAAUGGCGCUUCUUCGCUAGAGAGAAACCCUCCACAGGAGAUUGCACGCUCUACACCGGAAAACCAAGCUCUACCUCUAAUGCCGCAGUCAGGCAAUGAUGGUUUCUCUGAACAGUGCAAUACAGUUCCAGCAAGUAUGGAUACAAUGCCACCCGAAGAUUCAGGAGGUAUUCCUUUUGUCGAUUUCUUCCCCACUCCUGAAAUAACUCGACCUCUGAACCUGAACCUUGAGAUAUUUCGUAGAGAGGCAGAGCUAUCAUGGAACAAACAGCAUAAAUCCCCUUCACAUGCUGAACCUUCGGGCUUCAACCUUAUGGCGGAUAAACUGUCUUCCACCGCUGAUUACGUGCCAGAGGAGCUUCAGCUGGAGCUCGGGAACAAGACCACGAGCCGUGUUAACCUUCCUCAACUGAAUGGAGGGUUUCGAAAUGGCAUUCCCAGUGAAACCAUCGAGACAAAUCCUCAACGUGCUUCGUCAAUGAGCGGCUUUCUUGCGGGAUUGUUUGAAGGAGAAGAUGCAGCAGAAAGCGUGUUACGUAGGUAGCAGAAUAGGCAGACUACUCUUUUUCUUUAACGUCAAUGUUCUGUCUUUUUGGUCAUGGCGCUGAUUUUGGAACCUUUAACGCUUUAGCUUUUUAAUCGUCUUUCAAACUCUUGGUUCUUAUUUGUGCAGUGUGUUAACUGGGCAUUUCUUCCAUUUAA